AUGGGCAAGAAGGAAGUCAAUAUUGUAGUUGUGGGACUCGACAAUUCUGGAAAGGUAUAAACUCUAGCUGUAAAUUAGUACGUUGUGUUUUAAGACUACGAUUCUAAAUCAGCUGAAGACUCCGGACACACGAACUCAAGAGAUUGUGCCUACAGUCGGACACAUGGUCGCAAAUUUUACCACCCAAAAUCUCAAUUUCCACGCUUUUGACAUGUCAGGACAAAGUGAGCCAAUCAGUUUGCAGAACUUUAGUGUACACUUUUUGAACUUUAGUGAGAUACCGAGCCAGCUGGGAGAGCUAUUUUAGUUCUUCUCAAGGUGUUAUUUUCGUGAUGGACAGCUCGGACCGUCUGCGUCUGGAACUGCUCAAGGAAGAGCUUUGGAUGGUGAUAGACCACAAAGACAUCGCAUCUCGUGGGGUCAGUUGGAUUUUUCUUUCCCAGAAUCACUACAACCUCUGUUGGGGCGUCUGUUGAGCUGUAAAAGUUUAGAAGAUGGGCAUUAUAGGAACGAACUCAUAAACUUGUUUCCUAAGAGCACUCUUCUUUCAGAUUCCCGUAGCUAUUCUGGCUAACAAAAUGGACGUCCCUGGGGCCAUGACUGCUUCCGAUAUCACGAUUUCUCUUAGUACGUUAAACAACACAAGCAACUGAAGGGUUCUGGUCUUAUUCAGAUAUGAACCUAGUUCGGGGUGGAAAUUGGUCGAUUCACUCGACAUGUGCUCUGACCGGAGAAGGACUCGACAAGGCUAUGCAGCACCUGUCUGCUGAGAUAACAAAAUAUUUGGAAUCAAGAAACCGAUAA